UUCGUUAACUCUUCUGAAAACACCUUGAAAGAAAGUAAGCACCAUGUCCACGGCCACCACCUUAGACCGAUCCAUGCUGGUGGAGUACAGCGCGGGAUUCAUGUACUACCUGGAGAAGCACAAGCUGAUGGAGGUGAUGAGCCGCCUCCUGGCGGAGAUUUCCGUGGCGGACGGAGUGACAGAUGUGCGCCGCUGGAUGGGCGAGAACAUUAGGCGGAUUGGCGUGGAGAUUUAUACCAAAGUCAUGGAUGCCUUCCAUCGCGGAGUGAAGGGGGAUUUCUACCAGCUGCCUGGAAGCUUCUACCACCGAAUAGUGCUGCAUGGCAAGCCGGGAUCGGGUCGGAGGUCCCUGGCUCAUGUGCUGGCCCAACGCUGGAACCUUCUGAUACUAGAUGCCGAUGUCUUGGCCUAUCAUAGCAUCAAUAGUCUGAGGCAGAACGAACACACCCGACUGCUGCAGAAGGCUAUUGAGAAGGAUUGCGUUUACCUAAGGUCCCAGGCAGUGGGGAACCUCAUCCAGCACAGGCUCCUCAAGGAGGAUGCCCUGCACAGGGGUUGGAUACUGAUCAAUUACCCGAAUAACAAGUGCGAGGCCGAGGAGCUGUUCGAGGGCUUCACUGUACCGCCCAACCGCUUGGUCUUCCUGCAAAUCGACGAGCGUAUGGCCCGCAUGCGAAUCCUGCUCAAUAGCUACUCGCCAGGACCUCAGGCUCACAUCAGUUUCCUGGACCGGCAGAUGGCUCAGUUCCGGAAAAGUGAGCGUGCUCUCAAUGCCUACCUCAGCCAGCGGCGGGAAGUGGUCUACGUGGAUGCCACACCUUGCUUCGAGCAAGUCAAAUGCGAAAUCAUCUCGCAGCUCACCAAAACUCCCUACGUUCUGGGCAAGAAGUACGGCGAGGCCAAUGCCCUACUCUGAAUCUCUUUCCCGGCACUCCCAGCAUCCAAAUUGAGUAACAAUGUGUUCUUAAAGUCCUUUCUGUGAUUGCCCUCGUUGUUAUUAUUAUUUGCUCAAGAGUC